AUGUCAGGCCCAAACCUUCAUAAUGCUCUCCUCCGACCUCCAAUCAUCCAAAUCCUCCGCGCCCAAGGCUUCCACUCCACACGUCCUUCAGUUCUUGAGUCUAUUCAAGAUCUGACUGGACGAUACCUGAUGAUUCUUGCCUCAGCUGCAGCUGAGCAUGCGGCAAAUGCGCAUCCACACGACCCAAUCCCGACCCUCGAAGACAUCUACCAAGCUUUACAAGAUGCAGGAGCCAUACGUCCACAACUCCGCGAAUGGGAGGAAGAAUGGCAAGGCGAAGAAGAUUUACGGGGUCUUGAAUCUUUCAUCGGAUGGAUUACUGGCCCAGCCCACCGAGAAAUUCGACGCAUUGCUGGCUUCGUGCCCAGCGAGGGCGACAUAGUGGAUCCUGAUGCAAUUGAAAAGGAGGAUUACUUGACAGCCUUAAAAAAGAAACACAGUAAAACUGGCGAGGAGUCUCGUUAUGCUGGAACUGUACUGGGAAAGAGCGCCGAGGAACACGCCAUCGUCAUUGAAGGUGGUGUCCCCAGCAUUGACGGUUGGGGCGCGCAGGUUCGCGCCCGGUCCGCGGAGGCGAUGGAAAGCGAUACCUCAGGUGUAAGCAGCGCACCGAGCCAUCUCUCCGAAGAUGAAACUAUGGGAGUGUGA